ACUUCCGUCAACAAAGGGCGCUGUUCAGGAGACGGGUCCGGGAUGUGACCCUGGCUCAAGCUGCAGCAGUAGCUUCGGCGGCUGCAGCUACGGCGGUGGCUUCGGAGAAUCCGGGAUCUUUGUAGGUUGAGGACAGCACCUGAUCCCCUCCUUCCUCAGGUCUUAAGAAGCUGGCCUUGAAACAAUGGAGGAGCGGAAAGUGAAGAGGAGGAGUCCUAAGUCUUUUAGCGCCCACUCUACUCAGGUUGUUAAUGCCAAAAAAAAUGCCAUUCCAGUUAGUAAAAGCACAGGGUUUUCAAAUCCUGCAUCACAGUCAACUUCGCAGCGACCAAAGUUAAAAAGAGUGACGAAAGAGAAGACGAAACCUCAGGGAGGAGAAGGAAAAGGUGCUCAGUCAACUCCGAUUCAGCAUUCCUUUCUCACUGAUGUCUCGGACGUUCAGGAGAUGGAGAAGGGGCUUCUCAGCCUUUUGAAUGAUUUCCACUCUGGAAAACUUCAAGCAUUCGGAAAUGAAUGUUCCAUUGAACAGAUGGAACAUGUUCGGGGGAUGCAGGAGAAAUUAGCUCGCCUGAAUUUGGAGCUGUAUGGGGAGUUAGAGGAACUUCCUGAGGACAAGAGGAAAACAGCUAGUGACUCCAAUCUGGACAGGCUUCUGUCUGAUUUAGAAGAACUGAAUUCUUCCAUACAAAAACUCCACUUGGCAGAUGCACAAGAUAUUCCAAAUACUUCGACCAGCUAAAAUGAAAUGCAGUUGCUUUCUUGUGGUUUGAAGAAAAGCAGCUUUCUUUAUUUUUCCAGCUGAAUCCAGUAGCAGAAUCAUCUUCCACAAUAUGGAAUUAAAGUAAUUACAGUGCCAGUGCAAUGAUUGUUUUCACAUACCGCUUUUAGUAAAUUUGACUUUCUGUAAUUCGCCAUAACUGGGGGCCUUGGCCUUGCCGAAGGCUUAAUCAGGAAAUGUGAUGCAGAGACCGUGCUGCUAUGCUUACUGUUGUUGCCUUCUGGGGUUAUACUUGAAAUGUGUUGUGCUAAAUGUUGUCCACAGGGCUGAAGGAUUUACCCUUGAGCUCACCAAACUUACUCCACUGUUGAUCCCACGUUGGUGAUGUGCAGGCUUUUUGUGGCAGCCCAGCUUCAGUUUACAGCAGACAAUCGGGACACACGGUGGUGUGUUUUCCGGUG